AUGCAUAUUCCAGUCUUCCUACUGUUCCCAAUCCUGGUUCUCGCCAACCCUGCUCCCAUCAGCCCUGCUCCCAAAAACCCUCUUGGAUCUCUGCAGGCCAGAAGUGCGAAUUAUUGCUGCCACCCCUUUCCUCCAGGUAGCAAUAGCUGGCGCCUCUGUGGAGAUGGCACGUUUGGAACACCAUGCUGCGGAUAUGGGAAUCAGAGACGAUCCUCCUUUUCCUUUACGACAAUGAAGCUCUCGGCCUUGUUCGUCCUCCCGGUAUUGGCCCUCGCCAACCCAUUCAGCCUCGCUACCACCCCCGACACGGCAAUUACAUCAAGAGGAGAUCAAGCCUGUUGCAAGCCCUGGGCGUUCGCAGGACCAAAGUACAAUAAGUGUGAGGAUGGGACAACUGGAACUCCUUGCUGUGGAUAUGGAAAGUGCAAUGGUUUCUGCUGUGCUUGCAAGGGAGGAUGUCGUAGAGCGAAAGCCUAG